AUGCUGAGGCAGAUCGGGAGGCAGCUCCGCGGGCGCGGAGGACUGGUUUCGCCGUUCCUCCAGACCCGCGACUUCGCCGCUAAGGAGGUCCGGUUCGGCGUGGAGUGCCGAGCUGCUGUGUUGGGAGGUGUCGAGAAGCUCGCGGAUGCUGUCCAGGUCACCCUCGGGCCCAAGGGCCGGCAAGUGCUGAUCGAGCAGCCGUACGGGUCGCCGAAGAUCACCAAGGACGGCGUGACGGUGGCGAAGUCGAUCGAGUUCAAGGACAAGUUCCAGAACGUCGGCGCGUCGCUGGUGAAGCAGGUGGCGUCGACCACGAACGACACGGCGGGCGACGGCACGACGACCGCGACGGUGCUCACGCGCGCCAUCCUCGUCGAGGGCUGCAAGUCGGUCGCGGCCGGCAUGAACGCCAUGGACCUGCGCCGCGGCAUCUCCGCGGCCGUCGACCGCGUGGUUCAGGAGCUCAAGAGCAUGGCGCGGCAGGUCGAGUCCGACACGGAGAUCGCGCAGGUGGGCACGAUCUCCGCGAACGGGGACCGCGAGAUCGGCGAGCUCAUCGCGCAGGCGAUGCGGCAGGUCGGGAAGGAGGGCGUCAUCACCGUCGCCGACGGCAACACGCUGGAAAACGAGCUCGAGGUGGUCGAGGGCAUGAAGUUCGACCGCGGGUACAUCUCGCCGUACUUCGCGGACCCGAAGACGCUGAAGUGCGAGCUCGACGACCCGAUGAUCCUGAUCGUCGAGAAGAAGGUGUCAGUCCUGCAGUCAAUCCUGCCCAUCCUCGAGGCCGCCGUGAAGCAGCAGCGGCCGCUGCUGAUCGUCGCCGAGGACGUCGAGUCCGAGGCGCUCACGACGCUCAUCGUGAACAAGCUCCGCGCGGGCCUCAAGGUGUGCGCCGUCAAGGCGCCGGGCUUUGGCGACAACCGCAAGGCCAACCUGCAGGACCUCGCCGUGCUGACGGGCGGGCAGGUCGUGUCCGAGGAGCUCGGGCUCAAGCUCGAGAGCGUGCAGCCGGAGCACCUCGGGCGCGCGCGCAAGGUCACGGUGACGAAGGACGACACGCUCGUGAUGGACGGCGCGGGGACGCGCGACGCCAUCAUGGAGCGGUGCGCGAGCAUCGAGGAGCAGCACGAGCGCGCCACGUCGGACUACGACAAGGAGAAGCUCAAGGAGCGCCUCGCGAAGCUCUCGGGCGGCGUCGCGCUGCUCAAGGUCGGCGGCGCGAGCGAGGUGGAGGUUGGGGAGAAGAAGGACCGCGUGGUCGACGCGCUGAACGCGACCAAGGCCGCGGUCGAGGAGGGCAUCGUCCCGGGCGGCGGCUGCGCGCUGCUGUACGCGUCGCGGGCGCUGGACGCCCUGAAGGCCGAGCUGACGUCGUUCGACCAGCGCGUGGGCGUCGACAUCAUCGCCAACGCCCUGCGCGUGCCGGCGCGGACGAUCGUGGAGAACGCGGGCGGCGAGGGCGCGGUGGUGGUCGGGAAGCUCCUCGAGCAGGACAACAAGGAGUUUGGGUACAACUCGAGCACGGGGGAGUACUGCAACCUGGUGCAGGCCGGCGUGAUCGACCCGCUCAAGGUGGUGCGGACGGCGCUGAUGGACGCGGCGUCGGUGGCGUCGCUGAUCGCGACGACGGAGGCGAUCGUGGUGGAGGAGAAGGACGACAAGCCCGCGGGGCCGCCGCCGGGCAUGGGCGGCAUGGGCAUGGACUACUAG